AUGUCUGGGGGCGAAGGGGCGCGCGUCUGCGAGUGGAGUACGGGCCGGAUAACGGCCGGAGUCGCGCUCGCGCUGCGAAAUCUGCGCGCCCGGCUGCGUCUCACGUGGUUAGCUGAAGAAACGACGCGGCGAAUUUGCGAUGAUUUGGUCCGCGGCGGGUUCCAGCCGCGCCUUCCGACUUCGCUGCCGCCCCCAGGGCAGCAGCAGCAGCAGCAGCCAUCGCCGCUACCACGCCGACAACCCGUCCCGUUGAUGCCUCCCGCGCAGCUUCAUCCGGGAGCUCCCCUGGUGGUCGCUCCGGCGCCUGCGGUCCCUCUUCAGUCGCCACCGCCUUCGGAGCUGAUGGACGUCGACCCCUCAGCCGGGCCGCCUUCCCAAGCGGUGGCUGUGCAGCCUGUCCUGCAGCCGCUUUCCUUGGGCACCCCCAAGGAGUCUGACACAGCAGCGCCUUGUCCGGCUCCCACUCAGCAGCCGUCGACGCAGCGUCAGGAGACGCUGCCUCUCUUCGUGGGUCCCGACGCCCCGUCGCGCCCAGUGCCAGAAGCUGCGCCCGUGGUCACAGGUAGGAAUCCCAACUUCCUCUCAGGGCUGUCCAAACGAGAUGCGAACGCCGCGAAAAUUCGGCCCACCGGCCGCGACACGGCGGCAGCGCCGCCGGACAACCAGAGGAGAAAUCAAGCAGAGGACGUCGCCUGGAAUAGAAAUCAGUAUGAGACGACGCGCUUCUCACACUAG